UACACCAUUACGACCUAUUAUUGCCUGUAUACAUGCACCAGCAACAUUAAUAUCGAAAUUUUUAAAUGAUCUAUUAGCACCUAUAUAUUUGAAUGCUGCUCGUGAAAUAACAUUUAUUAAUGGCAUUGAUGUGAUACGAAAACUGGAAAAAUAUAUUUUGGAUACUCAUUUUCAGACAACAACAAAAUUUAUUAUAAUUGAUAUGACUGAUCUUUAUACAAUGAUAUCUCGAGAAGGUGCAUUACAUACAUUGAUGCGAUUUUUAGAAAAGAAUUCACAUCAUGGAAAAAUUGGUACAUUAUCCAUUGAUGCUACUAUGAGAAUGGCUCGUUUAAUAUUAGAUACUAAUUGUUUUGCUUAUAACAACAAAUAUUAUCAAUAA